CGGUCGGUGCCCGCGGGCCGCCUGGGUCCCGGCUGUGGCGUGGCAGCCUCAUGACUCCCCUUCCCCAGCCCGCUCCUGUGGCGUGGAGCCGUGUUCCAGGGAUGUACAUGCAGGUAGAGACUCGCACCAACUCCUGCCUCCAUCUGAAGAGGGCUCCGGGCAUCCGGUCCUGGUCCCUCUUGGUCGGAAUCUUGUCAACUGGCCUGGCUGCUGCUUACUACAGUGGAGAUAGCCUGGGCUGGAAGCUCUUCUAUGUCACAGGCUGCCUGUUUGUGGCUGUGCAGAACUUGGAAGACUGGGAGGAAGCCAUCUUCAACAAGAGCACCGGGAAGGUGGUUCUGAAAACAUUCAGCCUCUACAGGAAGCUGCUGACUCUUCUCAGAGCAGGCCAUGACCAAGUGGUGGUCCUGCUAAAUGACAUCCGGGAUGUGAAUGUGGAGGAGGAGAAGGUCCGGUAUUUUGGGAAGGGCUACAUGGUGGUGCUCCGGUUUGCCACAGGCUUCUCCCAUCCCCUCACCCAGAGUGCAGUCAUGGGCCGUCGCAGUGACGUGGAAGCUGUAGCCAGGCUCGUCACCAACUUCCUGGAGCUGCACCGCCUGGAGAGCCCUUCGGAACGGUCUCAGAGCAGCGACAGUGAGGCUGACAGCCCUGGCGGCCAGAGCUGAGGCAGGACAGGCACGGGCUCCAGCGGGGUGCUGGCCUUAGCCUCGCAGGACUCAAGAGUGUCGUCAGCCAUCACAGUAGUCCUCCCUCUGGGCCCUCACCUCCCAGGCAGAAGCCAUGUGCCUAGAACAGAGGUCACCUGUUACGGCAUCCUGCAGCACUUGGAAACUGACAGCUGUUCCACAGGGACCCAAUCCCAGUCACUCAAGUCCUGAAGACCCGCGGGAGGGCAUCAGCUGUUCCCCACAGAAGCCAAGUGCCAGCUGCCACUGACCUGCCCCUGCCUGGUCCACCUUGUGAGUGGAUCCAGGUCCUUCCAAGUGCCGAGCUUGGCCUCCAGGGCUCCGGUCAGCCCCACGGGGCUGUGCCCCUAGGUGUGAUCAGGUUGGAGAAGCCACAGCACCACUCAGGUGCUGGGGCCGGAGGCUCCUAGGCCAGACAGGGCAGUCACGCCGGUACCUCCAGUGGAAGCAGGGCAGGUGCUCCUGCCCACCAGCCCCAGCUGGGGUCGUGGUCCUUUAGGCCAAAGUUGGUGUUUUCAGCGGUCAAGUCUGAGAUGUUGUAAAUUUUCCCUAAAAUGAAAUAUGCAAAGUGCGGCAAUAUGUUCUGGCAGCUUGUGAAGCUUGUAAAUGAGAAGCACCCAGAACUGGGGCUCGUCUUUAGUGUUGGAGGAACAAAGCCAGCUGUAACCAGAGUGGGAUAAAAAGUUGGAUUC